AUGUCACUUUAUACUGGGAUGAUGUUACUUGAGGAGAUGGCCUGUGUAAUGUUCUCUUGGUGGUGCAGUAAACUUUUUGGUGGUGCAGUAAACUUUUUGGUGCAGUAUACUGGGAUUAUGCUAAUCUGUUUUUGGUGGUGCAGAACUUAUUAUGCUGCGGUUAUUGAGAACCGGGCUGAUUUUACUGGCCGUGUAGUAGUUGAUGUGGGUGCUGGUAGCGGUAUUUUGUCAUUAUUUGCUGCUCAGGCCGGUGCAAAACAUGUUUAUGCUGUGGAAGCAUCUGAAAUGGCAGAAUAUGCCCGUAAACUUAUAGCAGGAAACCCAACACUGGCUCAACGAAUUACAGUGAUUAAAGGUAGAGUUGAGGAUGUUGAGUUGCCAGAGAAAGCAGAUAUUCUGAUCUCAGAGCCCAUGGGCACUUUGUUAGUUAAUGAGAGAAUGCUGGAGUCUUAUGUCAUUGCCAGAGAUAGGUUUCUCACUCCUACUGGGAAAAUGUUUCCUGGGGUGGGAAGGAUUCACAUGGCGCCUUUCACUGAUGAAUAUUUGUUUAUCGAAAUUGCUAACAAGGUGUGUAAUGUGUUCGUGUGUAUAUGAGUGUGUGUUAGUGAUGAAUUUUUGUUUGUGGAAAAUGCUAAUGUGGUGCAUAAUUGUAUGCCUAUAUAUAAAAAGACACCACAUUUGUAUUUCUUGCAUUAUCUAAUACAUCUUCUCAUACAUCUUUAAAAUUAAAAGGAUUUCCCAGACACCACAUUUGCAUUUCUUUCAUUAUCUAAUACUACUUCCCAUGCAUCUAUAAAAUUAAAAGGAUUGUUUUGCUGCCUUGAGUUGCAGCAGUUUAAAAUGAAAAACAAAAUUUAUGUUUAUCAUGUAUUCAGGUUUGCAAAGAAGCCAACCUAAAGCAUCUCUUGCUUAGAUUUGAUUCAAUUGUCAUUCUAAUGGAUUUCAAUGAUAUUAUGAUACUAAAUUGUAACCUUGCUUCCCCUGACUGGCUGUUAAUCAGAGUACCAAAACAUUUUACUUUGUAAAAUGUUGAUUUCAUAAUUCAUGUUUUAGAAUUGCUCCA